AUGAAGGUCUCCGCCAUGCUUCUGUACCUGCUGCUCACAGCCGCCACCUUCAACCCCCAGGUGCUCGCCCAGCCAGAUGCACUCAGCGCCCUAUUCACUUGCUGUUUCACAUUUAACAAUAAGAAGAUCCCCUUGCGGAAGCUGGAGAGCUAUCGAAUCACCAGCAGCCACUGUCCCCGGGAAGCUGUCAUCUUCAGCACGAAACUGGCCAAGGCUAUCUGUGCCGACCCAAAGGAGAAGUGGGUCCAGGAUUAUGUGAAACACCUCGAUCAAAAACCUCAUACCCUGAGGACUUGA